AUGGCCUUUCCUUUUCGCAGAGUACUAACGUUGCAGGGGUGUAGAAGGGGCGGUCACAAAAUUCCUUUUCUAGUUGUCUGUUACGUAACAGUUCUAUUCGCUGUGGUCGCGAUUAUCUCUUCGUCUCGGCCUUACACUGCUGCUGCUUCUGGUGAUCAAAAUGACAGGCUCAGGGUCGAGGAUCAGAAGUUGACACUUGUCUCCGAUACACAGCAGACAUUGCUUCAUGGAAUUAUGUCAAGGAUUAUGUCAUUCUUCACGGUCAGAAAUCAGUCAUCAGACAUGCGGGAUAAAGGCAUUGGUUUGCGGACUGACGACAGUAAAGAGCUGGAGAGCCCUGUGAAAGUGCCAGACGCUUUCCUGAUAGAAGAGGCGGACUUCUGCCGGCGGCGCCCUCGCCUGCAGGUGAUCGCGUACGUCCACUCGGCCAUCAGCCGCGUGCAGGAGAGGCAGGAGACCCGCUCCACCUGGGCCAACGCCACGGCGUCCGGACUCGGCGUCGACAUCGCCGCCGUGUUCAUGGUGGGACGAGCCAAGGACGAGAGGGAGAGGCAGAUUGUUCAGGAGGAAAGCCAGCGGUACCAUGACAUCGUCCAGCAUCACUGCCCUCAGGUUCCCUGGACGCUGCACGCAGACGACGAUGUUUUCAUUGACGUUUUCUUGAUGAAAGACAUCUUGCAAGAUUUCCGAGCAGAAAUUACGGAGGCGUUUUUGUGCAACAGCGAAUGGAGCCGGACGCAGCGCUCGGGGCGGUGGGCCGUCUCCCACGACGAUUUCCGCAACGACGAGUACCCAGUGUUCUGCAGCGGCGCCGCCUGGGUCCUGCCGACCCGACUUCUGUCACGGCUUCUGAGAGCGUCCCAGACGGCGCCCUUCCUGUGGGUAGACGAUGUUUACAUUACCGGAAUUUUGGCUAGGCAUGCCGGCGUCACACAUCUCGGCACAGGUUACAAGGCCAAGCAUAUCCAGCCCUCAGAUGUUGGGGAUGUUAUGUUCAGCAACAUCGUUAAGCCCUUAAUGGCUGUUAAAGUAUCUAUACAAUCCCUAAUAUUCAACUUUGCUCAGUGCAACACUAUUAUAUACCUAGAUGCAGUAAUCUGGGAGGUGGCAGUCACUGAGAAGCGUCUGAUCUUCAUGAUAUAUAUCUAA